GAUUAGGAGUCUAUUACACAAAAGGGGGUUGAAUGGCUAUUUCAGCCUCUUCCCCGAAUGUCAUCCUUUUCAUCCCGGAAUGGUAUUCCGUUCUUGGAAAGUGGAUGGGAGCAACCUCCACUGGACUUGGUAUCGUAUUUAUAUUGUGUACUUGGGGAAUGCCACUAGUUCCUUCUGUCACAGUGUUAACAUUGGCUGAUUUUCUUUACCUUGAACUUGAAGAUUAGCAGAAGCUUAUUUACUUGUACAUGAACUCAACUGGAACAACCGAGAAAUGCCUGAGAUAUUGCCACAUGCACUGCCAAUUCUUUUUAUAAGAAGAUACUGCAGAAUGGAUGAGCAGUUGCGGAUGGCGGCUGAAAAUGGAGACGUUGAUGCAUUGUAUAUAAAACUCGCCCAGGACCCAUAUCUUCUAGACCGUAUUGAUCACAUACCGAUUGUUGAUACCCCGUUGCACGUUGCUGCCAUUGCAGGAAAGCAUCAUUUUGCCAUGGAAAUUGCAAACUUGAAACCCUCACUUGCUUGGAAGCUAAAUCACGUGGGACUCAGUCCUAUGCAUCUUGCUUUGCAGCACAAAUGCACCAAAAUGGUGAGAGGGCUAAUCACAAUCAACAGUCAGCUUAUCCGAGUGAAAGCAAAGGGGAUGAUUACACCUUUACACUAUCUGGCGCAGACAGAGGAUCCUGAUCUACUAGCUGAACUUUUAUGUGCUUGUCCGUCAUCUAUUGAAGACACCACAAUUCACUGUGAGACUGCUGCCCAUGUUGCUAUUAGAAACUGCUCAAUCAGAUGUUUCAAAGUCCUUCUGGGAUGGCUUCGACGAGUCAACAAAGAAGACAUUCUGAACUGGAAAGAUGAGGAUGGUAACACUGCACUGCAUAUUGCCAUAUCUACUAAUCAGACAGAGGUGGUGAAGUUGUUGGUUAAGCAUGCGAAUGUGAAUGUCAAGAACUUCAAUGAUUUGACAGCUAUGGACAUAUUUCACCUUCAAGGAUCAUUACAGAGCACUGAAAUUGGUGAGAUUCUACAUAAAGCUAAAGCAAAAAAAGCAUCUGAUCUUACCUCAAAUAUGACUCUUGGAGAUUACUUGAGCAAGGAACUUACUCUGAUUGAUAAACGAGACAAAUAUUUUGGAAUCAACAUCCAAAAUAAUCCCAAUGACAUCCGAACUGUAAUCCUUGUGGUGGCUAUACUGAUUGCAACAGCCACCUACCAGGCGGGGCUUAGUCCUCCUGCUGGGUAUUGGCAAGAUGAUUAUAAACCUCCAGCAAACAAUGGCACCACUAACAACACCCACAAUAGCAGCCUUGGGGAUGGGCAAAGGCAACGCCGGGCAGGACAAAUGAUAAUGAGCCCUGCUGAUCUUUUCUAUUUCUUAGCUGUUAAUGGUUCAGCAUUUUAUCUGUCAGUUUGGACGAUUCUGGUUAUUAUAAUCGGCCUCCCAUUUUCGAGAGCUGUCUAUACAUCAACAUGGUUGCUUCUUCAGGCUUAUUAUUCUUCCAUGACAGGGACCUUUCCAACACAGGGAAGUAUGGCUUUAACUGUUGGGAGGUUUUUAUACAUAACCUUCACUGUCAUAUCCACCUGUGCGGCAUACAUGAUUCCUUGGAGAGCAUUUUGUAAACACCAAAAGCUUAAACGUCGGGUGGAUACAAUGCGAGGAAGCAGGGUACUUACCCAUCCCGAAAAUUAA